CAAUACAAAUCGGCAAUAUUGCCGCCAUUUUGGUAGAAAACAAAAAAAAAAAACAGUGCAAAUCUUUUUAUUUUGUUUACAUGAGAAAAAAGCAAGUGAAACCAUUUAUUCAAUUCGCAUAAGUUGGCAUUUGACAUAACAAAUAAGAAAUUACGUUUUUGAAUCGAAGAAAUCAUACGGAAAAUUUCUUUGAAAGAAUAUUUUGAAUAUGGGGCGAGUACGAACAGCGGCUGCAAAAAAGUACAUUGAAACUGCUGGAAGCAGUGAUGAAGACGAAAAUUUGUCUGACGUGAAACGAUCAUCACGGUCAAAACGGACAUCCGCAGUCAAUAAAAGCCAAUCAUCUCCACGAGCUUCAACAAGUCGCACCAGUCGUAGUACAAGAAGAAAUUCGGUGGUAAACGACAAAGAAAAUGAAAAAAACGGUGUAUCAAAGGAGAAUUCAUCUGCGUCAUCCGAUGAUGAGGCUCCCGUUGCAAGUCGCAAGCGAAAAACGUCAAAUGCAACUGAAAACCCGAAAAAACAAAAGCCAAGCACAUCUGCAACAGCAUCAAAGAGCACGCCGAAAGAGAAACAGUCCAAACAGUCCGGUGAGACGAAAAAUAAGAAGAAGAAGAAGAAGGACGACGAUCGAUACGAAGUGGAAGCAAUCUUGGAUCACAAAUUCGAAAACGAUACCAAGUAUUUCUUGAUACGUUGGAAGGGGUAUGAUGAAAGUGAUGAUACUUGGCAAACUAGUUAUAGUAUCCAUUGUCCGGCACUAUUAGCCAAAUACUACGAAGAGAAUCCGGAGGCCAGCGUUUCAGCAAAACGAAUCAAGAAAAAAAAGCCAGUGGUACCAAAGCCACGUCAGUUGAAAAUUGAUGAGCAACUUGACUACGAUUCCGAUUGGGAUGAAAACGAAGACUAUGAAGUUGAAAAAAUUCUCGACGUUCACAUCCUACGCAAUAAUAAGCGGGAAUUCUUGAUUCGCUGGAAAGGCUAUUCAUCGAACUCUGACUCAUGGGAGCCCGAAGAGAAUCUUGAUUGCAAAGAUUUAAUCGAGAAAUUCAUAGGCAAAGUUGAACAAAUGAAAAAUUUGUCGCAAAAAGAUUUAAGACCAGUGCGUUCGCAAACACAACGGUUCACUUUGAUGACACAAGCAAACGCAAGACGUCUCUCCAAACGCAAUCUUGACCGUCAACGAGCUGUCUACUACGAUUGUGACGAGUAAUAAUGUCGUAAUAUCUACGCCAUUUUCAUCUGACAUCAUUCAUCAUUCAGUCAGCCAUAUAUUUCUUUCACAAUGGACACUUUCAAACGCAAAUUUCUUUUUCAUUACCAUUACAUACGCCGUCUGGGCAGAACAUGUCACAUAUACAUCAAGAAUCAAAAUCAAGUAGUUUUAAAUCAUAAAUGAAAGCUAUACAAUUUAUUCCCAAUUUUACAAAAUAAUUGCUCGACAUUAAGUGUAAAAUUUGCAUCGUCGGACGAUAAUAGGUGGUCCAGGAGAGAAUGGAAUUCUGGCAACAAUGCUUGUAAUUCUUGUUUCCUAUCACCAAGGCACCACAGCAGGCUUACAUGAAACGACGCCUCCUGAGAUUGAACAUUUUCAUAGAUUUAUAGUUUUUGUGAAUUUUGGCAUUGUAUUUUUUUUUUUUUUGGUUCGAAAAGUACUUACUUUAUAAAAAGGUGGCAAUUUAAAUUCAUUGAGACAAUUAUCAAGUUUAUUUACAAUGUAUUCCAAUAUUUGUGCAGCCACCGAUUCCUUGUCCACAAACGAUAAACUAAUAAAAGUUCUCGUUUGAUUGUCGUUGCAGUAGAUUUGAAUCGUAUUGAAAUUCAUCCAAAAUCUAAAUUUAUAGAUUUAUAAGAAACAAAAAUGCUUGUAUUAAUCAUUUGAAUAAAUGUUGAAGUAUAUGAUACAAACCUA